CGAUGGUCUAGCAUCAGAAGUGCAGUCCGUUUCUGGCAUAUUUACCGUAAAUAUAACCUGUUUCCACGUGUCGAAAAAUUAAUACUCCACUGUCCGAGAUCUUCUUACACAAUAAUAUAACGUCAGAAUCCUCACUUAAGCAAUGAGAGCGAAUUAAUUACUCAAGAUCAAAACUGCAGAAUCUAUAUUAUGGUCAAAUAUUGGACCUAAGAUCGAAGUGAGCCGACGAAAAUCGAUCGUUCUACAAUACGGUGAAGAGCUAGAUGCUAUUUUCCCCACCAUGAACUCUAUCAUUGGUGCGCCGAGCGAAAGGGAAGGGUUCUAUUCAUCAACCGUUCAAUAAAACGAAUCUGAGACGAAGACUUUAUGAGCAAAUGGUUAAAAGAUUUCAUAUGAAUGUUGGACAUCGUCAAGAAGAUUGAAAGGUAUUUAAUAGUCAAGAUAAAUGAACAGUAACAUUUUACUGUGCUCAAUUUUAUAAUGGAGAAGGCACGAACUGAAAUAGUAGGCAAUUCAGAAUCUAGUUCUACAGUUUCAAGUGUCAAUAGAAUUGAUAUUGACGAACUGUCAAAAGAAAAAGAAGAUGAAUUAUUAUUUGGUGGGGAAGAAGAAGGAGACGAUGAAGAUACACUGUCUGAUGAUAGUUUACGCUUGAGAUUAUCUGACGAUGAGGAUGCUGAGCAAGAUACUACAGUAAAUGACACAAAUAUCGCGAAAUUAAAAUCACAGAGUAGAACAAUUGAACAACCAAUUUCAGAUACAAUCAUAGAGGAGACAUUGUCUUCUGAUCUACAGCAGACUGUAGAAAAAGUUUCUAAGCCUGAUAUUGAAAAAUCAACGCAGGAGAUACACAACACAGCAGUUAAGAUUCCAGAAAAAUCAGCAUUGAGUGAAUAUACAUCCGAAAACAAACAAAUACAAAAUAGUAUAGGGAAUUUGGAAAAUACCAGAGCGACUGUUAAUGAAUCUAGUGAAAAGUGUACGUUCACAUCUAGCAAAGACUUAAAAAUUACGGAUGUAAAAAAUGAGUGUUCAAAUAUAGCAUCUGAACAACAUAUAACAUCAAAAAAUGAUAAUUUAUCUAUAAUAAAUAAUUGUACACAACAAACAGAUAAUCUUCGAAACGCAGGACUAAUAAUUCACAAUGAAGAAAAUCUAAACGAGACAGCCAAUGAUAGUAAAGAAAUAAUUACGACAAAUACCUGUGAGCUAAAUAAAUUAGAUAAUGUAGACAAUAAUAAAUCUUGUGUAGAUUCUGCUAAUAUUAAAAUUUAUAAUGGUGAAAAAUCGUCUACUAUUACAACUAUUUCUAACAGUAAUGAUGAUAAUUUAAAAGAUAAAAUAAUAGAAAAACAUAUUAAAAACGAUAAUCAAUCUUUGAAAUGCUCAUAUACCGAAUCUAAUGUUACUUCUGAUUAUGUGGAUUUAGUAAAAUCCGAAAAUUCUAAUGAUAAUGAUUCAUCUCAUAAAGACACUAUUGCACAUAAAAGUAAAAACAAUAAUUUAGAGCCUGUGGACACAACAGAAAAUACAUCAAAUGUAUCAAAAAUCACAGAGAAAGUGACGAAUAUUUCGUUGAUACAAAAUCAAAAUGAUUUAUCCAAUAUUAAAGACAACGCAGAAGUAAGGAACAAAGACAGUGAUACUAAUGAUAAAUCUGUAAUCGAAACUGUAAAUAAUCCAUUAGGACAAACCGUUUUAUUAACACUUAACGAUGUAAAUGAUUUUGAUAACGAUAAUGGAACUAAAAACGUUGACACUGUUAUUCCAAGAAGAAAACGAAUUAAAAAAACAAUUGAUACGGUACAAGAUCAUGCCGAGGAAAUACAAGAGGAAAAGGAGAGUGGACGAGAAAAGCGGAAGACUGCUAGAAAUGCGGAAGAGAUAAUCAAGAAAAAGUAUCUUAACAGCGACAGCGAUUCUAACGAUAAUACGGAACAAUUAGUAAAUAAUAAAUUGAAUCAGGAUGUAAUUCCUGUACCACCUUUAGUAGCGAUAAAACGUAAUUGUCCAGACAGCGAGGUUUUUAAUGGUAUUAAAAAAGCGAAAAUGAAUAUCAAUUCUGAGGAAGAGAAAGAUGUCACACAAUUAUCUUUUAUUGAGAAAUUUUUCCGGAGAGAUAUUAAAGAGAAAUUACCAAAACUUACACAGGAGGAACUGGAAGAGCUUCUGAUUCAAAAGAUCGUCGAAACGAUUGCGAUGCGCAGUGAAAUUGGACAGCUUAGAGAACAAGCACGCAUAUCAGAAAAAUAUCAGGAAAUAACACGUACAAGGAUGGAGCAAUUAAUGAAGCAAGUGAAGGAUUUCGAGACGGUUCUGCAUCGUAAUGAGUCAGACCGCCGUUCAAAUCCCAACAAAUCUGUUGCCCCUAUAAAGAUAAACAGAUCCGUAGGCUUGCAAGUCAACUUCAUAACGGAACACGGAAUACAGAACUUACGGCAGACUGCAAAUCUCAAAUCUGCAGUAAACAUCAUAAACAACAGUAGUUCUCCAUCUUCUGUUGAAACAAAUAACAAUUCAUCAAGCCCAAGACGUGGUGGAAUCAAAGUAAGAUCACCGCGACCUAUAGUGACCAUGCCUAUUCCUGUAAUGACACAGAAUUCAGCCCAAACGGCGCCUCUUAUUUCAACUGUGACACCCGCGGCUUUAGUUGUUGCUAAACCCUUGGAACCUCAACACACUUUAACGUUGUCCAAUCAGCCUGCGAAUAUGAAGCCAAUCUUAACUACCCCGCAACAGCAGAUUCAGUCGCAGUCACAGCAGGCUAUUGUCUUAAAUGGUAAAAUAAGUCAAGUAAAUCGUGCGAUAGCUCCAAAGCCAAGAAAUAACGAUCUUAUCGAUCUUACGGAUGAGGAAGAAAAGAAUAAAUCAAAUGUAAAAGUUACGACUAUAACUACAGCUCCUAUAAUUGAGCAGCCAUUGAAUGCAACAUCGAAAUCUGCGCAAUCAUUCCAAAGGGUAUUGCAAACAAUACCGGCAAAUGUAGCAAUUACGACACAAUCGGCUAGUAUAAAGGUGAUAACAACUAGUCAACAGCCAGCACCAACUGCCCUUGUUAAUAAUGUGAAUCCGCCCAGGCUGGCGUACGUAAUGCAAAGUAGUACGGGCUCACCAAGACAGGUGCUGAUAGCAUCGAACCCUAAUCAGCAAGUACAGAUACGGCCAGUGAACACACCUAAUAGACCACCCUUUUCAACUGUCACUUACAAGGGAAUAUCAACGAUCACGAAUGGUACUGUACGUGUACUAACCACGCCAGUUCUGUCAAAUGUACAAAUAAGUAAGCAUCCAGCACCUCUGCCAGACAUUCCAAAUUACGCAUCGACGCCUGGCUGGAAACUCCCACCGCCUGCACCAUCGUUGAAGAUUUCAAAAGUGCCAAAUGGGAUAGUGCUAUCUUGGAACAUGAGCCUGUCGGAUAAAUAUGCGGAGAUCGCGAGUUAUCAAUUAUACGCGUAUCAAGAAGUCGCUGGUGUAAAUCCCAACACAUCAUUAUGGAAAAAAGUUGGGGAUGUGCGUGCACUGCCACUUCCCAUGGCGUGUACGUUGACUCAGUUUUCUGAGGGUAAUAAUUAUUACUUUGCGGUUAGAGCGGUUGAUACACAUUCUAGAAAAGGACAGUAUAGUAUGCCUGGCAAUAUCUCUUUGUAGAGGAGCGACAUCAAGUUUCAGAAGAUCCCAGUUCUUUCUGUUUCUCCUUUAUUUUUUUUGUACUUCUGUGUUCAAUGCGUAAUUGUGAUAAAAAUAGUUUGUAGAUAAUAUCUCAUAAUAUCACAGUACGAAUCUGAUUUGACGAUUGAUUUAGCUAAUGUUUAUAUUUCGGAUUAUUGAAUCCAAAUGUAGCAACUAUUCCCAUUGAUAUUGCACUUAUAAAUGCUUCCAAUCGCACACACAUAAUUUGUAUAUAAUUCCCAAUUUGAAAUAGAAUAUCUUGUUUCUUUUUUAUUCAUUUCUUUUAACAGGUGAAUUUUCAUACAUUCUUU